UCUCAUGACAAUAUACUCGAGCACAGUCAUACAUAUAUCUCCUUCGUUGGUGAGUCUGUGAGGAAUUUGUAACGUGGACGAUUUACUUUUGGUUGUAGGCUGCUCCUGUUCCAAUUUUUGAAAUGGCAAAACGUCAACAGCCCAUGUGGCAGCCACCAACAGCCAGUGAGGCACCAAAAUUACGUUUGUUCAAUAGUUUGACUCGACAAAAAGAAGAAUUCGUGCCACUGGAUGGCAACAAUGUCACCUGGUAUAGCUGUGGACCCACGGUUUAUGAUGCCUCCCACAUGGGUCAUGCCCGUUCUUACAUUUCCUUUGAUAUUUUGAGACGUGUACUGUCUGAUUACUUUGGCUACAACAUUCAUUAUGUUAUGAACAUCACCGACAUUGAUGAUAAGAUAAUAAAACGGGCCCGUCAAAACUAUCUGUACGAUGGCUACAAAGAAAAAGCCACGACAGCUCCUUUGGAUCAAUUGCUGGAAGAUCAACGUGCAGUUUUGGCCCAGUUUCAAAAUACAUGCUCCAAAAAUACUGACCCGGAUAAGAAAAUUAUGUUGGAUAAACAAUAUGAUCGUUUAAAUAAUGCCGUGGAGUUAUUGGCCAAAGCUGUGGCUGGGGGUGGACAAGAAGAAAUUAGCAAGGCUCGUGAUUUUUAUCUUAGCGAAGCCAAGGAUCCCAUUUCCGAUUGGUUGGAUCUAAAGAAAGGUUCAACAAUAAAUGACAAUGCCAUUUUUGAGUCAUUGCCGCGCUACUGGGAAGAUCAAUUCCACAAAGAUAUGCAAUCGUUGAAUAUUUUGCCUCCUGAUGUCCUGACACGUGUCUCGGAAUAUGUUCCCCAAAUUAUAACCUUUAUACAACGUAUUAUUGACAAUGGUCUGGCCUAUGCUGCCAAUGGUUCGGUAUACUUUAGCGUCAAUGCCUUUGAUGCCAAGGAAAAACAUUUCUAUGCCAAAUUGGUUCCUGAGGCCUAUGGCGAUACAAAAUCCCUGGAAGAAGGUGAGGGAGAUCUGUCACUGGGCGAAGAGAAGUUAACGGAAAAACGUUCCCCCAAUGAUUUUGCUCUGUGGAAGGCAAGUAAGGCUGGAGAACCCUGGUGGGACAGCCCCUGGGGCAAAGGACGCCCCGGAUGGCAUAUUGAAUGUUCAGCUAUGGCAUCGGAUAUUUUUGGACCACAAUUUGAUAUUCACACUGGAGGUGUAGAUCUUAAGUUUCCCCAUCAUGACAAUGAAUUGGCCCAAUCGGAAGCUGCCUUUGAUGAGGCGGAAUGGGUUAAAUAUUUCCUGCAUACCGGCCAUUUAACCAUAGCCGGUUGCAAAAUGUCAAAAUCUUUGAAGAAUUUCAUUACCAUCCAACAGGCCCUGCAAAAACACUCAGCAUGCCAAUUGCGUUUGGCAUUUCUAUUGCAUUCCUGGAAGGAUACGCUGGAUUAUUCGGACAAUACCAUGGAUAUGGCAAUACAGUAUGAACGUUUCUUGAAUGAAUUUUUCCUUAACGUUAAAGACUUGACUAGACAUGUAACUUCCAGUGAGCCGCGUAAACAAUUUGAUGCCUGGACGGAAGUUGAAGCAGGUCUUCAAAAGAAAUUCAAUGAAGCGCGGAAAGCUGUGCACAGUGCCUUGUGUGAUAACAUUGAUACCCGAAGCGCCUUGGAUGCUAUACGAGAUCUGGUAACAGCUGCCAAUAUUUAUAUACGCGACAACAAGGAUCGUUUGAAUUGUUUGUUGUUACGCAAAAUUGCCAGCUAUAUUACCGACCUGUUGCGCAUUUUUGGUGCAAUUAAUCAGAAAACAACAUUAGGUUUCCCUGUAGGAGGCUCUGCAGAGGGUACUGCGGAUUUGGAAUCAACCAUAUUGCCUUAUGUUGAGGCAACGGCAGAGUUUAGAAAUCAAAUCCGCGAACUAGCCAAACAACUCAAAGCCACAGAUAUUUUGAAAUUGUGUGACGACCUAAGAGAUGACGUUCUACCCAAUUUGGGAGUACGUUUGGAAGAUAAGGAGGGUGGAAAGUAUGCUGUUAAAUUGGUGGACAAAGAGACUCUCUUAAAGGAACGAGAACAGAAGAAAUUGGCCGAGGCCGAACGUUUGUCCGAAAAGGAACGUAAAAAGCAGGCAGCAGCUGAGGCAGCCGCGGCGAAGGAGGCCCAAAAGAAAAUCAAUCCCAAGGAAAUGUUUUUAAAAGAAACCGACAAGUAUUCGAAAUUUGAUGAAAAUGGUCUACCAACUCAUGACAAAGAAGGCAAGGAAGUUAGCAAAGGUCAAUUAAAGAAAUUACAAAAACUUCAGGCUCAACAAGAAACGCGUUACAAGGAAUACUUGGCUUCCGUAAACGGUGCUUAAAUGUGUAAUAAACAAAAAAAUGUCCGAGUGUUUUGUAAUUUUAUAAAAAAAGAAAAUAAUUUAUGUAUUCAAUAAAA